AUGACGGACACAUAUGGCUACACCCCUACCUCUUCUAUGGCUCUUCUCAAGUCAAAACGAAUCCUACUUUCUGAGUUUGCUGCUCAUCAAGGCAUCGUUUUCCACUUCAACCCACCUGCCGCUCCUCAUCAGGGUGGUCUCUGGGAAGCAGCCAUCAAGAGUAUCAAACACCACCUCCGCCAUGUCAUUGGUGAACAAAUACUGACACUUGUUGAAUUCACUAUGCUCAUCACUCAAAUAGAGGCAAUACUAAAUUCUCGACCUCUUACUCCUCUGUCAAAUGAUCCAACUGAUAUAUCCACCCUAACACCAGGUCAUUUAUUGACUGGAUCACCAUUGGUUGCCAUUCCUGAAGAAGAUUAUCAAGAUGUCAACCUCAAUCGCCUCAAACACUGGAAACUUAUUGAAGCACUACAUCAACACAUCUGGAAGAGAUGGCUUUUGGAAUACAUCCACACCCUUCAACAGAAAACUAAAUGGAACAAGGCUAAUCGCAAUCUACAGGUUGGAGAUCUUGUCAUGGUCCAUCAACCUACUCCACCUCUCACAUGGCCACUAGCCCGCAUUAUUGAUGUCCAUCCAGGAGAGGAUGGAGUUGUAUGA